AUGACUGAAUGGGCAAACCAGCUCUCGGAUUUCGGCCUAGAAUACGAGCCGAGGAGGGCUAUCAAGGCACAAGCCCUCGCCGACUUCAUCAUCGAAUGCACUAAUCGGCCACCCGAAAGAGAUAAGGCGAGCAAAAUGUCGUGGGAACUCUAUGUUGAUGGGUCGGCCACGAGGACAGGAUGUGGACCAAGCAUACUGAUCAAAACGCCCAACGUGGAUCGGCUCGAAUAUGUGGUUAAGUUCUCAUUCCUAGCCUUUAAUAAUGAAUCAGAAAAUGAAGCACUUAUCCUCGGAAUUCAAAUGUGUCAAGCCGCGGGAGCCAUCUCUGUGCAUGCCAAGUCUGACUCACAACUCAUUGUCGGACAAAUUCAAGGAGAUUUCGAGGCUAAAGAAGACAUCAUGAAAAUGUACCUGACAAAGGCAAGGAAAGUCAUUGACCAACUGCAGGAUUUCACCAUCCAACAUAUUCCCCGGUCAGAAAACCAACAAGCCGAUGCCCUUUCAAGGCUAGUAAGUUCCAUAAAGGGGAUGGAGCCUAGGAAAAUCAUUUGGGAGGUGCUCCAAGAGCAAAACAUAAAUGUCGAGGCAUUCAUGAGCCUAGACAGAGGUCCAGAUUGGAUGGAGAAAAUCAUAAAGUUCAAAAGAGACAACGUGCUCCCCGACAGUGAAAAAGAGGCGACAUUGAUUAAGAAGCAAGCAGAUUGGUUCCUCUGGCACAAUGAGACUCUCUACAAGAUUUCAUACACCCACCCCUUGCUCAAAUGUGUCACCCCAGAGGAAGGAAAUUACAUACUCCGCGAAAUACACCAAGGGGCGUGCGGGAGCCACCAAGGUGCAAGAACCAUUGCAGGAAAAGCGCUCCGAUCGGGUUUCUAUUGGCCAACUUUAAGAAAGGAUGCGACAGACUUGGUUAAAAAAUGUGGUCGAUGUCAGGAGUUCACUAAUCUCACUCGGAUGCCAGCCAAUAACCUAACAAUUGUUCAAGCUGUUUUACCCUUCAACAGGUGGGGGAUGGACAUCCUCGGCCCAUUCCCAGUGGCCUCCGGUCAGAGAAAAUUCUGA